GUUUACAGACUCACUCAGACAAAGAUCUGGGACGUCAUAGAGAAGCAUGACACCGGCUGUACAGCAGGAGGUGGGAGGGACAGUAUGGGGGUUUUCACUGAUGCAAGUCUGAUGUUUGAGUCCAGCACUGCAGGAGGAACCAACACUAGAACAACGGCUGAUUGUCCCUUCCUUUCAAAGAGAAGACGGCGAUCAGAUGAUGAUGACGACUAUUAUACAGACUCUGAAGAGAUUGUGUCACGUACACAGUUUCCUGAGAGUAUGAUUUGGGAGGAGAUUGAUCUACCCACUUGCAGAGAAAACCACUGUGGAACAACAUCAAUCACAAAACCGAUCUUCCUGAGAGACUCUGUUAGUACCUGGCAGAUCUUGGCUGUCAGUCUGUCACCAACACUUGGCAUCUGUGUGGCAGAACCUGAGGAGAUGGUCGUUUUUAAACACCUUUUCAUUGACCUAAAGAUGCCUUACUCAGCUGUGCGUGGCGAACAACUGGAAAUCAAGGCCAUUAUUCACAACUACACCCCAAUGAAGCAGAAGGUGCGUGUGGAGUUCAUGGAGACAGAAGAUGUUUGCAGCUCUGCCAGUAAGAAAGACAAAUACAGAACAACAGUAUAUGUUGACAAAGGCUCCAGCAUGGCAGUUUCAUAUGUGAUUAUUCCCAUGACGCUGCGAAAUCAUGAUAUUGAGGUGAAAGCUUCUGCAUAUGAAGACAUCUUCACUGAUGGAGUGAGAAAGCCGCUGAAGGUGGUGUCUGAGGGUGUGCUGAUUUCAUUACGCAGAGAAAAUGUGGAGCUCAAUCCUGCUAAGAAUGGGGAAAAAUCUUUAGUUUUUAAAGCUGACAUACGAGCUGAUCGUCUUCCAGACACACCUGCUGACACGUACAUCUCAAUUACUGCUGAAGAGAUCGCUCAGACAGUCGAGCAGGCCAUCAGUGGAAGCUUCAUGGGGCGGUUUAUUGUCCAGUCCAGUGGUAAUGGAGAGCAGAACAUGAUCUAUAUGACUCUACCUCUCAUAGCCACUCAUUAUCUGGACAGCACCAAUCAGUGGGACACUGUUGGCAUGGAGCGCCGUAAUGAAGCUGUUAACCAUAUCAGAACAGGUUAUCAGCGGCAGCUGGGUUACCGUAAAUCAGAUGGAUCCUAUGCUGCAUGGAGAGAGAGGCAGAGCAGCACAUGGUUGACAGCAUAUGUGGCUAAAGUCUUCAGCAUGGCUACUAACCUUGUCACUAUAGAGGAUAAUGUGAUCUGCAGCGCCCUUAAGUGGCUGAUUCUCCACAAACAACUGCCAGAGGGCUCCUUUAAAGAGGAAUCAGCUGUAAUGCAGGAAGAGAUGGUGGGUGACGUGCGUGGCAAAGAUGCUGUUGCCUCUCUGACGGCCUUUGUUGUGAUUGCCAUGCAAGAGGGCAGAGAGAUCUGUGCUGAAUCAGUUGCUAGUCUGCAUGAAAGUAUCAGGAAGGCUGUUUCUUUCUUAGAAGGUCGACUUUUACAGCUGACCAAUCUUUACGCUGUUGCAUUGACGUCCUACGCCAUGGCCAGUGCUAACAAACUCAAUGAAGACAUCUUGAUGAAACACUCCAGCCAACAUGAAGCCGGUCGGUCCUGGACUGUCUCUGGACAGCAUCAUCACUCACUAGAGGCGACGGCUUAUGCUGUGCUGGCGCUUGUGAAGGACAAAGACUUUGAUAAAGCAGGAGAAGCAGUGCACUGGCUGAACAGACAGCAGUCUCACUAUGGAGGAUCUGGCACCACACAGGCGACCAUCAUGGUGUUCCAGGCCGUGGCAGAGUAUCGCACGCAGGUGAAGGACCGGCAAAACUUCAAUCUGGACGUGGAGCUGUCCGUGGAAGGAAGACUCAAAACUCUCAGAUGGAUUUUUAAAAGAGAUAAUAUGCAUCUUACACAAUCAGACAGGGUGGACAUAAACGAGGACUUCAAUGUAACUGCUAAAGGAACUGAAACAGCCACUCUCUCAGUUCUGACACUGUACUACGCCAGACCUGUUGAGAAGAAAUCUGACUGUACUUUCUUUGAUCUGACUGUUAAAAUGGAGAAAGAUCCUGAACCAAAACAAGGAGCCAUUGAAACAUACAUGCUCACUAUGGAUUUCUUCUACAAAGAUGAUAAAACUGAUGCCACCAUGACUAUUCUGGACAUUGGCUUACCGACUGGAUUUGAAGUUGAAGAAAGUGAUCUUAAACAGUUGUCUUCAGGGAAGGAGAGAUACAUUCAGAAAUAUGAAAAGAAUAAAGUGCUGUCAGAGCGAGGAUCCCUCAUCCUCUACUUAAAUAAGGUUUCUCAUAAAGAGAAAGAAGUAAUUUCCUUCAGAAUGCACAAGCUGUAUAAUGUGGGUCUGCUACAACCUGCUGCAGUCACAAUAUAUGAAUAUUACUCACCAGUUGCACGCUGUACAAAGUUCUACCACCCUGAAAGGAAAGAUGGUGCGAUAUACAGACUGUGUAAAGGAGACCUGUGCCUGUGUGCAGAAGAAAACUGCAGUUACCAGAGGAAGUAUCGGGUCAGAGAUGAGGAGCGUUUGAAUAAAGCCUGUGAAGCUGGCAUGGAUUAUGUUUAUAAAGUCACAGUGGUGGGAAUGGAUCUGAAACAGGACUCUGACAUCUAUGACAUGAAGUUGGAGCUGGUGCUGAAAGAAGGCACUGAUGAGGAAGUUGAGGGGAAAGUGAGACUAUUCAUGGCUCGUCCCGGUUGCAGAGGACAUUUAGGAUUGGUAAAAGGCAAGUCAUACCUCAUCAUGGGCAAAUCUGUUGACUUGCCAGAGCUGGGUGGAAGGUAGGUAUCAGUACUUCCUGACCUACAGUAUUCUUCUUUUGCACAGAAGGACCCACAACCCAGUAAAUUUAGGAUGCAACAUAACAUCAUAUAAAAAAAAUGUGUGAUAUUAUCUAGAGCACUAAUUUUCCUCAUAUAGUGUGACAUUCACAUAGAAUUGCUGUAUGAGUCAUUUCUUAGACUGAUGUAAACCAAAUCAAUCUUGGGUAAAACGUCAGCUCAUUGUCUGUUAGCAUGAUGUUUGUUUUUAAUGAUUAUAUAUACAAAAAUUGAUUCAUAUGUUUUGCAUAGUGUGUUUUCUGUUGUUUUAGUCUGCAGUAUGUUUUUGGAGAGCAGACCUGGGUUGAAUACUGGCCUACAAGAGAGGAAAGCCCAACUCCAGAACACAGGGAGCGAUACAUCGGCAUCACUGAGAUCAAGAACAGCCUUCUCAGAUAUGGAUGCACUUUAUAAAUAUAGUACAACAACUAUGUCUUUAUUACAGGAAAUGUAACAUUAUCUUUUGCAUAUUCUAAAUAAAUUGUUCUUGAUAAUAAUAAUGCUUUUCACCAAAAUAUGCUGGUGUAAUUCCAUAAUAAAACUUGAACAUGUUCAUGCACGAUUA